AUGAGCACCACAGCGAAGACACCAACUGACUUUCUGAAAGCCAUUCGCGGUCGACCAGUCGUCGUGAAACUGAACUCUGGCGUCGAUUAUCGAGGAAUUCUUGCAUGUUUGGAUGGCUACAUGAACAUUGCCAUGGAGCAGACGGAGGAGUAUGUGAAUGGACAGUUGAAGAACAAGUAUGGCGACGCCUUCAUCCGAGGAAAUAACGAUCUUGCCGCCAUGAAGAGCAACAAGGCCGAUGACGACUAUGACUACCUUUUCAAGGUUGUCCUGGUCGGCGACUCUGGCGUCGGAAAGUCUAACCUGAUUUCGCGGUUCACCAGAAAUGAAUUCAACAUGGAGUCAAAGUCGACUAUCGGUGUGGAGUUCGCCACAAGAAGCAUUGAGGUUGACGGCAAGACCGUGAAGGCCCAGAUCUGGGAUAUGGCUGGUCAAGAGCGUUACAGAGCCAUUACGAGUGCGUAUUAUCGUGGUGCGGUUGGAGCUCUUUUGGUGUACGACAUUACGAGGCAAGUGACUUUUGACAAUGUGGAGCGUUGGCUGAAAGAGCUCCGCGAUCAUGGCGACCAGAGCAUCAUUAUCACUUUGGUCGGGAACAAAUGUGAUCUGCGGCACUUGCGAAAGGUCUCUUUGGAGAAGGGCCAGGCCUUCGCAGAGAAGGAGGGUUUCUUCUUCAUUGAGACAUCAGCCCUCGAUGCCACCAACGUCGAGGACGCCUUCACGCAGAUUUUGACCGAGAUCUAUUGGAUGAUGAACAAGAAGGCGUUGGCACCUGAUGAAGAUAACUACGCUGGUCCAGGGAAAGGCCAGACCAUCAACAUCAACGCUCCUCAGGAGGAGAAGCCUGUCCAUUCUGCUGCUGCUGAGGGUGAUGGUGCAUCUGAGCCGUCCGUUGCGGUUGCCGUGGCACAAGCCGAGCCUGCUCAGGAGCAGAAGCAGUCACAGGCACAGCAGCAGCAGCAGCAGCAGCAGCAGAAACAGAAGCAAAAGAAGCAGAAGCAGCCACAGCAGCAGCAGCAGGGGAAAGGGAAAGGAGGAGGCAAGGGUCAGAAAGGCGACGGCGAGAAUUUCUCAUCGAAGGAGGCGGUCCGUGGACUGCGCGUAGCUAAGGUGGAGGCCCUGCGCGCGGAGGGGCGCAACCCCUUCGCGUACACCUUCCCGCGCACGCACAGGGCGGCGGAGCUACAGGAGCGCUUCAGGGGGCUGGGGAGCGGGGAGCAGGCGGAGGGCGGGGAGGUGGUGGCGGUGGCGGGGCGCGUGGUGGCGCGACGAGUGAUGGGGAAGCUGGCGUUUCUCACGCUGAGAGACGAGGAGACGAGCAUCCAGCUGUACUGUGAGAAGGCAGUGAUGGAGGAAGCGGAGGAGGGGUCGUUCGCGUUCCUCAAGAGCACUCUGGACGUGGGGGACAUUGUGGGGGCUACAGGCACCAUCAAGCGCACCGAGCGAGGGGAGUUGAGCGUGGUGGUGCAGGGCGUGCAGCUGCUGACCAAGUCGCUGCUGCCUCUGCCUGACAAGUGGCACGGGCUGGCAGACGUGGAGAUUCGCUACCGCCAGAGGUAUCUGGACAUGAUCGUCAACCCCUCGGUGGCGUCUGUCUUCAGAGCAAGGGCCAAGGUGAUCAAGGCCAUUCGGCAGCACAUGGAAGACAACUGCUUCGUUGAGAUCGAGACGCCUGUGCUGCAGGGCGAGGCAGGAGGAGCGGAGGCGAGGCCAUUCAUAACGCACCACAACGCACUGCAACAGGACAUGUUCCUGCGCAUUGCCACAGAGCUGCACCUCAAGCGCAUGCUGGUGGGGGGCUUUGACAGGGUGUACGAGAUAGGCCGCAUAUUCCGCAACGAGGGCAUAUCCACACGCCACAACCCCGAGUUCACCUCCAUUGAGCUCUACCAGAGCUACGCGGACUACAGUGACAUGAUGGCACUGUGUGAAACCAUGGUGGAGGGGGCAGUGACAGCCCUGCACGGCACCACCACGGUGCCCUACCAGGGCACGCCCAUCCAGUGGGCGCGCCCCUGGCGCCGCGCUUCCAUGGACUCACUCGUGCUGCAGGCCACUGGGGUGGACUUCCUGUCUUCUGAGCUCGCGGGGGAUCUUGCUGCGGCUAAGGAGGCGGCUGUUCGCGCUGUCAGGGAGGCUGGGUCGAGUGCGGGGAGUGCAGGGGGUGUGAAUGGGACCGAUGCUGCUGGUGAUGCUGCUGCUGAUGGUGCCGCUGGUGUUGGUGCUGCUGACGGGGCUGCAAGCAGCAGCAGCGGCAGCAAGGUGAAUCGCAAGGCGGUGGCAGCAGCAGUGCGCAAGAUAGAGGAGGCGGGGAGUGUGGGGGCGGUGCUCAACUGUGUGUUUGAGGCAGUGGUGGAGAGCACGUUGGUGCAGCCCACGUUUGUUAUGGAUCACCCCGUCGAGGUCUCUCCCCUCGCCAAGCCCCACAGAAGCCGGCCUGGGUUGACAGAGCGCUUUGAGCUCUUUGUGUACGGCCGAGAGCUCGCCAAUGCCUUCUCCGAACUCACGGACCCUCUGGACCAGAGCACAUUCUUCAUUGUUUUCUGCUUUCUCUCUCCCCGACACAAACACGUGCAGAGGGCUCGCUUGGAGGACCAAGUGAAAAAACACGCAGACAAGAUGGCGAGAGCCGAAUCUGCUGCUGCUGGUGCUGGUGACAAGCAGGAGCAAGGGGCGAAGGGCAAGGGGGCAGAGGGGGAGGAGGAGGAGGAUGAGGAGGCGUAUGAGGUGCGGCUGGAUGAAGACUUUCUCACAGCGCUGGAGUAUGGCAUGCCCCCCACAGCUGGCAUGGGCAUUGGAAUUGAUCGGCUGGUGAUGUUUCUGACUGACAGCCCCAGCAUUCGGGACGUGAUAGCAUUCCCGGUUCUCAGGGCACUCCCUUCUGAGCCCAAUGCUGCGUCGUCUUCAUGA